UUGUGUUUUCUGUUCCCCGGGGCCACAGUGUUUUCAACGGGACUCAACUUACAAAUUUACUGGACUCGCUAUGGCCGCUUGACCCAGGCUGAAAACACUCUUGUUUCUUGUUUCUUGUUUGUAGGAAAAGUUUUUUUUUUUUCUCCAGAUAAAACUUUCUUCUUCUGUGUAGUUUUUAUGUCAAAAAAUAAGGAUGCAACCCCCACCGAGAAAGGUCCGGGUCACCCAGGAGCUGAAACACACUCAUGCAGAGCAGAUGAGCAGAUUACACAUCAAACACCAGACAGAAUGUGACCUCCUGGAGGACCUGAGGACUUUUAGCCAAAAGAGGGCCGCUGUAGAACGAGACUACGCCCAGGCCCUCCAGAAGCUGGCAAACCAGUAUCUAAAGAGAGAGUGGCCCGACAGUCCCACAGAUGAACAAGCAGAUCAGAGGAACAUGUACUGUGUAUGGAAGGAUUAUUUAGAGGGUACGAUCCAGGUCACACAGUCCAGAAUCAGCGCCUGUGAUAACUACAAAGUCCAAGUCGCUGAUCCAGCUAAGACGGUCCGACUUCAGAAGGAGCAGCAGCUGAGGAAGUGUAUCGAUCAGCUGAUGGCGGUUCAGGCCGAGCUACAGGAUUCGGUGAAGGAGCUGACCAAGAGCAGGAAGAAGUACCAGGAGGCCGAGACGAUGGCACAGGCAGUACGAGAGAAGACGGAGCUGGAAGCCAAGUCGAAGCUGAGUCUCUUCCAGUCCAGGUCCAGUCUCCAGAGGGCAAGUGUGAAGCUGAAAGCCAAGAGAAGCGAGUGUAACUCCAAAGCCACGCACGCCAGAAAUGACUACCUUCUAACGCUAGCAGCCGCUAACGCUCACCAGCAGCGCUACUACAACACAGACCUCAUGGACUGCAUCAAGGUUUUAGAUGGCAGAAUCUAUGAGCAGGUAAAAGAUUACCUGGUGUCCCUGUGUCAGACUGAGCUGGAAACGUACCAGGCUGUCCACAACACCUUCAACCAGAUCCUGAACAGCUCAAACGGAGUCGCAGAGGAGUUCCACCAGCAGCUGUUUGUACAGAGCAACCUCAUGUUUCAGCAGGCCCCGGACUUCUUGUACCAGCCCAUCGACUCUGACACGGUGUUGCAGCUUGAGAAAGAAAAUGGAACGGCAGAGGAGCACAGUCUGGAUAAAGAGGCAAGGAAAUGGGCGAGCCGCGUGGCCCGAGAAUACAAGAGCAUCAUCCACACUCAGAGGGCCCUGGAGGAAUACGGGACACAGGAUUCAUCAGAGCAGAACAACGGAGAGAUGGAGACCAAGAUGGAGGUGGCCAGGCAGAGUCUGAGGAGGGCAGAGACGGUGAAAGUGAAAGCAGAGGCCCGUCUGGAUUUGCUGCGACAGGCAGGCGUCGCUGUGGAAACGUGGCUGAAGAGCGCCAUGAACCAGGUGAUGGAGGAGCUGGAGAACGAUCGCUGGAACAACCUCAACACCCAUGAUCCUUCACUCUCCGGAACAGCAGAUCUAGAGCGAGAGGAUGAGGAGGAGAUGGAGGACAGCGGUGAAGUGUUGGACGACAGCAGCUCCAGCCCCUCCAGCACCUUGAAAAACUAUCCCCUCACCUGCAAAGUCCUCUACUCCUACAAGUCGUCUCAGCCGGAUGAACUCACCAUCGAGGAGCAGGAAAUCCUCGAGGUUAUCGAUGAUGGAGACAUGGAGGACUGGGUCAAGGCCAGAAACCGCAGCGGACAGGUCGGCUACGUCCCGGAGAAAUACUUACAGCUGCCUUCGUCCAACAGCUUGCUGAGCAUGCUGCAGGCUCUGGCCGCGCUGGACGCUCGAUCACACUCCUCCAGCAACUCCACAGAACCUGAGACUGAAAUCCCAACCAGCUCUGUCAACGGAGACUCCACUGUGUCGUUUGCGAAGGCCCUGUACGACUACGCGGGACAAACGGAGGAUGAGCUGUCGUUUCCAGAAGGAGCCAUCAUCCGCAUCCUGAGCAGAGAGACCCACGAGGACGACGGCUUCUGGGAGGGAGAGUUCAACGGCGUUGUGGGCGUCUUCCCCGCCGUGUUGGUGGAGGAUCUGACCGGUGGCAGCGAGAACGGAGACGGGCAGAGAGAUGGCAGUGCACAGGCGUCCCCCUCCCCUCUGGCUCAGUGCGAUCGAUCCCCUCGUAGUCCCUUCCAGCCGGGGCCCCUCCACAGCAGCCCCCUUCAGACGCCCACCAUGUCGUCUCCUCAGUCGAGUCCCUGCAGCGCCACGGCCUCUCCCAUCGGUCGACCUCCUUCCUAUCACAACGGACAUCACAGGCCGCCACCGGCGCCACACAAAAGCCCCUUCCAGAGUCCAGCUCAAGGCUCGCCUCAACCUCCAAAAUACCCAGAGAGCGGCGCUGGCACCAUUCGACCUGUCCGUGCUGCUCCUCCGCCCCCUAAGCAGCACCCCCGGGGGCAGGUGAAGCGGAGGGAGGAGGUGGAGAUCACGCUGGUUUGAAGGCAGCACCCUGGCGGUGAAGGCGAUAAAGAAGAAGGCUCUGUUUGAACCAGCCGGGACUCAGCAGACUCUCUGACUCUAAACGGACUCCUAAAGGAAACCUGAGAAACCUUAAACCCCCCCCCCCCCCCCCGAAGACACGUGGAGGCCCGGACACUUGGUCCUCUUUGUCUUUUCACACAGCACCUCACAGGGUCAGUGUGCUGAGGAGGGAGAACGUGCCUUUCUCUUUACUAUCCUUUAAUUUCCUCUCAUGUUCAGUUUUUAUUCACACUCCCUUCACCAGCGUUGGUCUGCUGUUUGACCGAUGGAAAGGUCUGUUUUCAAGACUUUAAUGCAAAGCUACACGUCCUCCGCUCCGUACUGUCCAACUCUUUAAACCCGGACAUGAAUCUCACCUACAGACCGUCUCAUCUAAGCAUCUGUCCUGGUGCUUGUUCUCCAGAUUCAUUCUGCUCCAAUCCUGUUUCCAUUUCCUUUGCUGUCGCUCAUAAUAACUGAUAUAGUGAUAACAGAUCAGUGUGAUGCAUCAUCAUCUGUGCAGGCAUUACUAAUAGAACUGGAUGAAUCACCCGGGCAUUAAUUACAUACAAUGAUGUUUAAAUUAAAAACAACUUUUAGGCAGAGUAACACGCUGCAACUCAAUUCUGAGAAGAAGAUGGUUUGUUCAUCUGUCUGGUAACAUCACACUGAGGAGGAGCGAUCAGGAGAGAGAUGACUGAUACGUGGUGACAACAUGUAGGAUGAGAAUGAAAGUGUCACAGCACAUUAAAGGUGUUAACAGGCAGGUAUCAGUUACCUUCAGAUAAAGCAAAGCUAGCUGAUGGCGCCCUGUUUCCAGCCUUUGUGCUAACCCACGUCAGCAGGGCUACGAUGAAUUAUAGAUUCAUCAUCAAAUAAAUAAAUAUAUAAAUGUAUGUAUAAACAUCCCGGCUUCUCAGAAUCCAAAGGGAUUUAAAUCAGUGUUUUGUUACGGCGCUCCAAAUCUCAAAUACAUUCAGUUUAUAUUAAGAUUUAAUACAAAGAAGAGCAGGAAGUUUCCAUGUUUUAAAGGAUUCUUUUUGUCAUUCAGUCAAUGAUCAAAUGAGUCUGUUGGCUUGUUUAUAAGUCUUGCGAUUGUUUCAGAUGCUGAAGUAAGCUAACUGGCUGUAGCUUCAUAUUUAGCACAGGAUGGAGAGUGAUAUUAAUCUGCUCAACAGACUGAAAAAGAAAACGUCUUAAAGGAUUUCUUUGACUGAAACAACCCGGCACAGAUACAUUGAUCGGUCAGAGGUACCGAGUCAUAGUGGCAGUGAACACUUUCAAACAAAUCCAUGUCUACACAUCAUCACUACAUGAACACCCUGAAUCACUAUAUCGCUUACUGAGCUGCUCCGGCACCAUUAUGGGAUUUCUUCUAUGCAACAACGUCACACUGUGCCGCUCAUCACACGUCAUGUUGGGAACACGUAGCUUCAACAUAAACCAAAAGUCUAAGAUCAAAAAAGAGGAAAAAAAAAAAAAAAAAAAGACUAACUCCAGCGGGAGCGAGGCUGGUCCUCUCCUCCAAACACGUAACUACACACAGUUACACUAACAAAGGGAAAAGUGGCAAUUUUAGUUGUUAUGUCAGUAGGGAGAAUCUCCUAGAAAAAAAUAAAUAAAUAAAUAAUGGAUCCUUUACCUUAUUGUUGAGUAUUUGUUUAAAGUCCUUCUUUCUGUGUUAGUUUUCUAAAGACGGCUCUAAAGGGAGUAACGCAGUGAACUGUUACUUUCCCUCCUCGUGCGUUGUAAAAACAAAGAUCUAGAAAAGAUAUGAAAGCUGCCAGUAGAAGUCGCUGGUUUGCUGCAGUGGAAGCGGUCGCAGUCGAUGACAGUUUCACGACGAGGUCAUGUGCAGUUUAAAAACACGCCUUCGUUUGAAAAAAGGAGGAAACCACCCUGAGCUGCUAGCUGUCCAAUUUUACGGAUAAGAAUCUAUACUGUCACAGUGAAGCACUUUUUGAUGUCUUCUUAUUCCUUUUCAGUAUUGUGGAUGCUGCGUUGUCGGUUUAAGUUCCUCGUUUGACGUUUUUGUUUACCAGCUAUAUUGGUAUGAAACAUUUCCUUUAACCUGCUCUUGUAUUAUUUAGCCUUAAAUAGUCGUCGUAGUGUCUUUGUUUGAGGUCGAGAUGUCACAGUUUGUUUAUGAUAUAUAGUUUACAGAGAGCUUGGAGAUGGAUAUCUGUACAAAUGACAGCACAGUAUUUUUUUUUUUGUUUUUGGUUAUUUUACCUUUUUUAGAAUUAGGAUUUAAAAAUAUGUAUGAAACCUUAGUUCAAUUGGAUCAGAGGAAAAGAGAUAUCUGUCGGCCAUGUCGCUGUGUUCUCGUUGAUCUCCUUGAGAUCUGAAUGACAUCAAACUUAUUUUUGAAGUUUGCUUUUACCCUGUUGUAUUGAAAAAGAAAAGAAGAAGUGUAUUUUUUUUUCCCAAUAGAGAAGUUGUUGUUAACUUGCUACUGGUCCUGGUUCCACGUCUAGUCUGGAUCUGAAAUUCAGUGACAAAUUGCCCACAUUUCAAGCUCUGCAGAAACUGCAGGGCGUCAUAUUUACACACCAGUGGAUGUUAAAUUGUAUUUAUUGUGUACAAAUAAAUGUGAAAUAAAGAUAGCUUAAAUGAAUCAAACCA